AUGCCUUGUGAAGAUUUCAUCGACGUCAGUGUGCACGUCGACGGCGCGCCGUUGGCAGAAUAUGCUGACCCCGAAGCCGCCGACUCCAAGAACGCCACCAAGUUCGCAACGACGCGCUAUGUGGAAGUCAAAGCAGGUCAAAAGUUUGCGGUUCAUGUCAAGUUGCUUGCUGGGUUCAAAUUCCACUCUGCCACGCACCUUCGCGCGGCCCUUUACAUCGACCAGGAGUCGCGAGCCACGACCAAGACAAUCAAACUCCCGCCAAACUGUCCUGUUCAUGCAAAUGUCCUGCGGAUGUCGAGAGAGUGUCAGAUUGAGAGCCGCCUGAUGCUGGACGAGAAAACUGGAACUUGGUCUACCUACGACCUGCAGUUUGGAGAUCUGGCUGUCAAAGAUGAUUGGUUCUUGUCGGAUGAUGAAAUAGAGUCGGGCGACGUCUCAUCUCUGGGAAGCCUUCAUGUCAAAGUUUUCAGAGCCACCAAGGUCUUGCGACACCAGCCUUUCACAUACACGGCCAAGUUGAAGAAGCCUUUGGACGAGGUCUCGGAGACAGCCUUAAAGGGAAGAGAUGUCAGCAACAACGUCAAGUACCUCACCCCUGAUUGCAAAAAGCAAACUAAACAAGUCGCUCACUGCCGUCUUAGAUACGUCGUCAAGACAACCGCUCCACCUCCACGACCGGGUCUCUGGAAUUAUUAUCCCCUCGACGACUGGCGCGGUUCCCCGUACGAGUUCGUCUUUCACUACCGAAACAGACGCGUUCUGCAGACCCUCGGAUGUAUCGCCAGGACCCCGUCGCCCCCUCCGAACCUUGCUGUUAAGCUCGAACGCACGGAAGAGAAGCCGAAGGUGAAGAAAGAGAAUUCCCAGAAGCAAAUCUCCGAGUCGCAGGUGAGGUUCGCUUCGGGUGAAUGUGGCAAUUGUGGAAAUGGGAAUGUUGGCACAAAUGUCGUUCCGGCAAAGCGCACCUGGGACGAGACCAAACUUGAGGAUGACAAUGACCAGGAAGAGAACGGAAAGCUGGCCCUUGUCCCGAUCCAUAAACAGGUUGUUAUCGACCUUACCAAUGAUUGA